CAAUUUCAGCAAAAAAUUCACCACUGGAGUACUGCACAAAUCAUAUAUCAUGGGAAGAUGCAUUUAUGUAAUCGUGUGCACAGACCUGUAUCUUAAAUAUAAAUAGUAGCUGUGUAAUAAGAUCUUAUAUUUCAAUGCUAAAUAAAAUAUUUAUUUGAAUGUUUAAAAUGGCAGGACAAAAUAACUUAACGAACCUGUUAAUGUAAAUGAUAAUUUAUCUCUAAACGAUGAUAUUCGUGAACAAAAUAAUAUUGAAAUGGACUUUGUUGGCAGGGAAAAUGACCUUGAAAAGUUACAUAAGGAGUCAGAAGUUUGUAGGAUAGUUGGUAUAUUUGGAAUCAAAGCUGUCGGCAAAUCAAGGCUUGUGGAAGAAUAUUUGAAGAGAUUUAAACCAGACGGAGUCAAAGUAAUACAUAUAGACAUAAAGUUGAUGCCGGAUAUAGUGUCGUUGUAUAGAAACAUCUGCACAGCCUUGGAACUAGACUUUGAUCAAGAGUCGACUGGAUCUGACCAAUGGAUUCAUAAUAUCGAGCUAUUUCUCAAUUCUGUACCAGGAAACCAGUUUCUGUUCUUCUUUGACAAUACAGAGGACUAUCAGGAUACUGAAAAUCUAAAUAUUUCUUCUUCAUUUUUGAAAUUAUGCACCACAAUGAUAGAGAAAUGCAGAAACGUUCAGAUUUUCAUCACUUCAACUACUCAAGUUCAAUUUUCUAAGCUUGGAAGAGUUAAUUACAGUCAUGAACUGCUACCUUUGAAUGAAACAGAAGCUAGACAGCUACUGGAAAACGUGACUCCGAAGAUUGAUCUAGGAGACUAUGAGAGUGCACUGAUAACGCUUAGUGAAGGAUUGCCACUACUGAUCCUUAUGAUCGGAUCAGAGUUAACAGAAGACGCAGGGAUGAUAACUCCGAAAGAUAUGGUCGAUCUUUUACUCACUUGUAGACUCAGAGCAUUGAGUAGAGAAUUUUACCCAGCGGAAGAUAGAGUCGGAGAUGUCUACAGGAAGUUUCUUGAUCGACUUGACGAAGUGUAUAAGAAUCAUCUCACAGUUUUAGAUUACAUCCCAGGAACAUUUAGUGCUGAACAGGCACAACAUAUACUUGAUAUAAAUACAGUGGUGAUGACCAUGGAGGAAACUUUACUGCCUGCACGCAGACGUCAUAUUCUUCAUUAUGACCUACAUACAAAACGAUUUGGAAUUCAAGGAAUUCUACGCGAAUGUAUAAAGUCAUUCUACAUCAUUAAAAAUUUACCAGAAGUAAGACGAAGAUACAUAGAAAUCUUUUCUGCUGUAAUGGUCAAUAUUUCCAAGCGUCUUAAAACAUCUGAAUAUACAAACGCUAUGGCUGAAUAUUUUAUUGAACAACCGAACUUACAGAAGCUGAUGAUUGAAAUAGAGAACACUGCUCAGGACAACUAUAAGUUCUUCAUAGAAAUGGUCACUAACUGUACCGGAAUGAUCGAACAUUUUAUGUCAGGAAAUGGUCAAGUAUUUUAUAAGCACUGUUUACAGGCUGCGGAAAGGUAUGGCCAGGACGAGGAUAAAGCAGCGGUCAACAUUGCUGUUGGAAGUUUAUACACAAAUACUACGGGAAAUUUACUCGGCGGUGAAGCACACUACAAAGCGGCAGUGGACAUUCUAGAACCUCGAGGUGAAAGAUCAUUACUCCUUCCAACAGCUUAUCAAAGGAUAGGUUGGAACACACACCUUCAAGGACAAAACACUGAUGCUAUAGGAUAUUUCAAGAAAUCAUUGGCAAUAACUGUGAUAUCGGGGGAAAAGUUCAAAGUAAUUGCUGUACAAUCAUUAAACAGUAUGGGUGUAUGUUAUACGUUUUUAGGGAAAUUCAAAGAAGCAGAAAAGUACCACUUUCAAUCAUUGAAGCGGUGCCGUAUGUUCCUUGGUGAGAGUCAUCCAGGAAUAGCUGCUUGUUAUAACAACAUUGGUGAAAUGUAUGAUUUAAAAGGUGACUCCGAAAAAGCAAUGGAAUACUAUAAAAGAGGACUUGAUAUGAAACUACAAUGCAAUGCUCCUGUUUUAUCGACUGUUCUCUCCUUAUGCAGUACAGCUAAAAUGAUGAUCCCUUUAAGACAAUUCAAAGAGGCCCAUUCACUUCUAGAUGAUGGGUUUGAAAAGUUGAAGAAAGAAAAGCUCCAACCAAAAGAAGCCGAAGCGUGCGUAUGCCACACUAAAGGUUUGGUCUAUAAAGAAGAAGGUCGUUUUAAUGACGCAAAGGAAAUGUUCCGGAAAGCAGUAGAAAUUAGACAGAACAUUGCACCAAACAAUAUCCAGUAUAUUGAGAGUUUAUCGCAUUUGGCAGACAUAUAUAAGAUACAAGGCUAUUUACCCAGGGGUUUGAAAUAUUGUGAAAGGGUUUUACAACUUAAGGAACAAAUUAUAACUUCAACGCCACACACGUUGGUUAUUGCUGAUUCUUUCGAUCGAAUGGCUGACAUCUACAAUAAACAAGAUAAUACGCAUAGAUACAUUGAAACCCUAGAGGAAUUACAAUCAGAACUUCUCCGUUUAGAGCGUGUUUUCCUUUGUCAUCAAAAUGAAAGAGAUUUGUAUAAAAUACGGUAUAGACUUAGAAAUUUAGAUGCCUGUUUUUAAGUGGU